UUCACUCCUCCCUUUCGAGCGGAUCGGCUGAUAAGGCGGAGUGGCUGGAGGUGGUGGACCAGUGGAGACGGGGUAUGUGGAAUGGCGUUUCGGUGGCGGCGUAGCACGGCUUCCUUCCGCGACCCACGAGAUGGCAGCGGUGGUAGGCUGAUGGCAGCGGAGACGUUGGAUCAAUAUCUACCUCGACGCCGGCAAGCCGGCGGCGACCGCCUCUCCGUGUUCUUCGCGGCAGCGCGAACGGCCAUCCUGCUGGCAGCAUAGACGCUGGAUCCACAUGACGCCGACAAGUCAGCCGGCGGCAACCGCCCCUCCAUGUUCGCGAACGGCCACCACUACCGUGGAUGCAUCCCUCUCUGUACGUUCGGGAGCUGACGCGACUGUGGUUGGUUUUGUGAUGCAGCCGGUGGCGAUGACGCCGGAGAAGCCAGCUCCGGAUGAUAAGCAACUUGACGAGAAGGAGCUGGAGCAGAAGUUGAAGAAGGACCAGAAGGUAUGUUUCCUGGAACUCGGUGACUUUGGCCCGAAUUGGUAAUUGGCGGCCAGCUUUCCUGAUUUUUGGCGGACGUCAGAAACUAGGCAAGAGAGAAGGAAGAGAAAAAGCUUAAGGCAAAGCAAAAGGAGGCGGCUAGGCUCCAGGCUCAGGCUGCUUCGGAUGGACCUAAGAAAAGCGAGAAGAAACAAAGGAAAAAAGCUGAUGACAAUGAAAAUCCUGAGGAUUUCAAAGAUCCAGACACCCCUAAUGGGCAGAAGAAAUCAUGGGCAACUCGAAUGGCCAAGCAGUAUAGCCCAAGUGUAGUCGAAAAAUCGUGGUAUGCCUCGUGGGGGUCUUCGGGAUAUUUUGGGGCAGAUCCUGCUAGCACAAAACCACCCUUUGUCAUAGUUCUGUCACCUCCGGAUGUGACUGGAGUGCUUCAUAUAAUCCAUGCACUUAUGGUUGCUAUAGAGAUGCUAAUACCUUGGCGGAGGAUGUCUGGUUAUAAUGCUCUUUGGGUCACUGGAGUGGACAAUGCUGGGAUUGCUACACAGGAUUCGUGCAAGUCGUCUGCUAAUUCCCGUUUGCGAGCUGUUGGGUGCGUGAAUGCAGUUGAGGAACAAAACAGAGAAAGGAAAGGAGAUAGUAAGACCUGACCAGCAGCAAAGCACACGUGGUGAGAUGCACUGAUUCCUUUUCUUUCCGAAUUACUUGUUGAACCAUUUACACUUAAGAAUGUGCAUGUGUGUGUUAUUCAGUUACUUGGUUUAUGUCAAGCUAUGUGCUAGCCUUCUCAUUCUUCUGCUUCUUUUUUUUGCUUGUACACUAAUUACCAAAUGCAUAAUCUUGCAGGCUAAAUCCUAUCAUAUUGUAUGCGAUAUGCAAAAUCAAGAUAUUAUAUAUAGAUAGUGAGCUACAUGUUACUUAGAUCUAUUUGAAGUAGCAUUUCAUUAUCACCUGUUCCCACUACAGCGGUUUCAAAGGAAAUGGAGCGGAUUGACCAACUUUUCUAUAUAUUCGCUGAUAGCUCAUCCAAUAUGAUUGGGUUUUUUCAAACACCUAUCUGCCAUUAUUUUUGAUAUACAACUACAAGGCUAGCAAAAUCGUGGGAGACAUUUAGAAUUAAUUUAAUUUGACACUUGGAUGAAACGGCCGAACAAACUCGGUGUAUCUUGAUCCUGUUAAUUGAACUAUGCAGGGCACAAUAAACAUUCCGUUUUCUUAUUUCUCUAUUCCUCUUUGCCGCUUUAGUUACUCCAGUUUACUUUGUCAUGUGACAUUUGUUCCAUCAUUAUUGCAAAAUAUAGUUCAAUCUGGUCACAUGGAGGUUGUAUGGAAUCUCUUUUUACUUCGUCUCUGUAUUAAGAGAAUUAUAUUCUCCAGUUCUGACCAGCACCUUCUCUUUCCGUGUUCCAUAUCAUGAAUAGUUCUUUAAAAUACUUCUUGUGCUUUAUAGCUUGCUAACCUUGAAAUCGGUGGUCAUUCCAACUCUUCUAUGGAUACUGCUUGAGCAAUGUGAUCAACCGUGGGGACAACAUCUAUAUGUGAUCACACAACAGUUGUUGCUAUCUAUUCAUUCUUACGUUCGCGUAUUGUCAAGAUUUUCUAGGUAGGUGCUCUUUAUUGUCAUUAGCAUCUUCCAGGAGUGUUUUGUUUUAGACAAACAUGUAAUGGCAUGUCAAUCUUAGCUCACCAAUUUUCAGAUAUGUCCUCACAUAAACAAGUGCUUUUGGAUUUGAAUAGAUUGUCACAUGAGUAUUGAUCAUCAAUGAAAAUUUGCUAUUUUGUUCUCCAAUGUAUGCUAGAUAAGUAGGAACGGGCAUUGAAGUUAUUUUCAGCUGGUAGUUUUCUUUCAAUCACGCAUGCAAAUUGAGAAAUACAAACACAUGCUGCUUGUAUGAUUCUAUUAUCAUGUCUUUUCUUAUUGUGUGUGCUACCCUCCUAUAGUAUGUUCUGUCAUUUCAAUUCUCUUUUCCCCCAAAUAAUGUGCAUUAAUAUGUUUUGUUUUCUACUCCCUCUGUUCCUAAAUAUUUGUCUUUCUAGAGAUUUCAACAAGUGACUAUAUACGGAGCAAAAUGAGUGAAUCUACACUCUAAAAUAUGUCUACAAACAUCCGUAUAUGGUAGUCCAUUUGAAAUCUCUAAAAAGACAAAUAUUUAGGAACGGAGGGAGUAUAACUGAAGUACUCUUCCAGGUAAUUUGGUUUUAUCCUCUGUACAUCUUCAGCUUUAUAAUAAGUACACCACGGUAUGCUGAGUCCCUCUGAAUAUUCAAAGGCUUACUUCCCUUAUUUAGACUGUUGAUUUCUUUUCAAACAAUAGACCCUUGUUUCAGUUCAUAAGAGAAUCAUGUAGCUACAGCAGUUAAUAUGUUUUUUAGUUUUAUUAUAAGUUAAUUGCAGAAUAAGUGUGUUAUAAUAUAAAUAUCGAGUCUAUGAUUGUAUAUAUGUGUCAAACCUAGAUGAACUGGUUUUGGUUGAUACUAUUUUAAAUUAAGUUUCGCAUACUCCCGAAUUUCUAAUUUACUGUUACUGAUAUGAUUAUUAUAUAUGCUGCAGCAAAUGUCAGCAUGUCAAUUUAGAGCCUCAUUACAUUUAUGUCAAUAUUUGUUUCAUCUUAGUGCACCAUGCUACAAGUUCCUGGAAAAUUAUUUCUGUCUCCUGAUGGAUGGUUUUGCAACUACUUCCAUUUCACAAGGCUUAUAUCAUAUGCGCAUAAGUUUGUUACUGAAUCUGGGAGAUGUAGUAAAAUAUGGAAAUUAUGCUGCAUUAGACAGAUGGAACUGUUUAGUUCAUAUUUGCUAAUCUUCUGUGUGUUGUGUAUGGUGCACCGAAAGUGUCCUUCUGCUCCCGAGCUCAGAUGAGCUUGGUGAACAGUAAAAUCAAAAUUCAGUGCUUGCAUAAAUUCGUCAUGGAAUCACAUUUGUAGAAGACAUGGCAAAAAAAUAAAAUCAAUGCUCCAAAAUGCUUUUGAAAGUAGCAUUUUCAGAGUACUGAUUUUGUUUUUUUUGCCACGCCUUCUACAAAUGUGAUUCCAUGACGAAUUUUUGCAAGCGCUUAAAACUUUUGUCAAUGUUUGUCACGAUUUUUUGAAUUUUACUGUUCACCCAAUCUCAUUUGAGCUUGGGCUCAGAAACUCUGCGUCCAUGGUGCACUCCUUAUUUGUUUUCCACACCAUAGAGUAAACUGAAAAUAAGGUAAGUUUUGUUGUUACAUGUAUGAAGCCUUGUCAUACAAUCCAUGCCCUUUUGUGAUGUUAACCAUCUUAUGCCAGGGCCGACGAGGAAGAGGACCGGCGCAGGGGGCUCGACAGACGGAACUCGGAUUCAAAGCGGGGCGCCUAGCGGCGGCAAGAAGGUCUGGGUAAGAGUGCGCGGUGUACCUAGGUACCAUGCCGGUGGAUCUGGCACGGCGGCCGGACCGACGAGAAAGAGGACCAGCGGACUGGGGCUCGACAAGGCGGCGCUGGCAGCCAUGCUGGUGUUCAAAUUCAAGGCCAUGCAAUGACCAAAGGUUGUUAGCUGGUGCUUACAUGUUGCCUCAUCGUCUCCCUUGUUGGAAGCGUUGGUGGCUGCCGCUGUUUGAUAGUUAGCCAUCGAGUACACAAUUUUUUUUUGCUAGCUUAUUUCAAUUGGAACUGAUAAUUUUUGGCCAUGACUUCUAGA